GCGGAGGAGAGAAGGAGAGGGUGUCGCCUCGUCAUGGAGUCCGGCGAGGCCUCGGGCCUGGUCUCCCUGCUGGUCCGGAGCCCCGCGCAGCGCCACGAGGACCUGCCUCUCUCCGCCCGGCGCUCCUGGAGUGUCAGGCGCCUCAAGGCCGAACUCCGCCGCCUUCACCCGGAAGCCCCGCCUGAAGACACUCAGAGGUUGAUUUAUUCUGGGAAGCUUUUGCAUGACCACCUGUGCUUGCAAGAAGUGCUCAGUAAGCAGGAGAUGGUACAUGUUCUCCACCUGGUGUGCAACGUGAAGAAUCAGCCAAAGCUGCAAGAGGCCGACACAAAGAAUGCCGAUGCCAAGCGCCAGCCAGUUCCAUCUAGCCCUGUACACCCUGCAUGGAGUCAGAGCGGAAAUAUUUGCAACCAGCCUCAUCCAGCAGGAAAUACUGGUGAUCGAUCUCCACCAACUCAGAUUCCAUUUCAAGGCAUGAACCCUGGCUACCCUUAUGCAACAUACCGAAUGCUGCAGUUCUGGUUCCAUCAGAUUUAUGCCAGACAAUAUUAUAUGCAAUACAUGGCUGCCACUGCUGCCUCCAACGACGCCUCCUCCACUCGAACCACGCAAGAGAUUCCAGUUGCCCCGGUGGCAGCGCCUGCUCCCCUUCCUGACCCGUUUCCUGUUGAAAACCAGCCCGUGAAUCCAAACGCCCCUGCUCCGGCGAACCUGGGCGUCAAUCCGAAUCUCCGCGUGAAUGCCCAGGGCGGGGCCUUGAUGGAGGAAGAGGAGGAGGCCCAUCGGGACUGGCUGGACUGGCUUUAUUCAGCCACCCUCUUCUACGUUUUCGUCAAUAUUGUGUAUUUCUACUCCAGCAUGAGCCGACUCGUCAUGGUGCUGGUGGGCACCCUUCUGAUGUAUCUGCACCAUGUGGGCUGGUUUCCAUUCAGGCGAGGGCCAGUUCAACCUGCUCAGAACAACGUUCCUCCCCAAGCAGCCGUUAACCAAGACCAAAACAAUAAUUUGCAGCAGCAGGGAGAAAAUGUGGGCGAACCGGAGGAAGCCGACGCGGUGGACGUUGUUCCCGAGACCCAUCCAGCCGCCCCUUCCUUUGCGAGCACCGCCUGGCUCUUCAUCCGGACCUUCUUUGUCUCGCUUUUGCCGGAGGGCCCUCCUGCAGUGGAAAACUGACUGGUCUCUUACUUACGAAUCAAAUGACCGCACUUUGAUACUGGACCUAAGCUGGGAGGCCAAAACUGCCCGGUGAUGAGGCCAAAAGGAUACCGUAGAGGAACACGACACAAGGCAAAACAGGCUGGAUCCCCGAUUCCGUGAAUUCCAUGGAUCUUCGACAAUGUAUAGUGCCAGUAAAGCCACAAGUGGACCAAAGGCAGAGAAGCUGAACGCUUCUGCCAGCGUGACUUUAUUCCUUUUGGAAUAUUUCCUCAUAUACUUUAAAUACACUGAGUGUAUUAUUUGAUGCAGCCAGUGAAUUUAGACAUGUAUGAUCAGGAUUUUACAGGGAGAAUGUAUGCCAAAGACAAAGCGACUACAAUAUUUCAUCUCAUGCGAAGUAAACAGUGGAUGAGAAUAGCUUCCAACAGAAGAAGAAACCAUUCCUGAACAGAAUGUGUCUACAGGUUGAGAACAAGUCACCAGUUGAGUCCAGAUAUCUUGAGGAGCAGGUCUGUAAAUGCUGAGCAAUCCCUGGUAUUUCUGUAAGAAGGAUUCAGUGGAUUAUAGUCAAAAUAUUAAUAUUUGCAGGUCCUCGUUGUGCCACAAACGGAAGGGGCUUCUGUGUUCUGAAGAGUUGGAGAAAAUUGCUUUUUCUCUCUCACGCCAUAGCCUUAAAGCUCCAUCUAUAUGUUGAAGAAGUCUUCCAGUCCUACCUCUGCAAAAUAAUGCUUUGGGUUGGAUGCAUAGGUGCAAAUAGGAAGAAACCUCCUUCAAUUCUUUGGGAGGCAACAGAAUUAUUUCCCCAGUGGAUUAUAAUAUUAUUUUUUUUAAAGCAUGGAGCUCUAUAAGGGAAGAGAAAGAACGUGGGCUUACUUUCACGCGCAUUUUAAAGCUUGUGGCUUUUAUAAGUACGAUACGAUGAUUUAGUGCCUUUGGAAUCAUCUUUAAAGUAGCUAAGAUAUUUUCCUUUGCUCCUUGAUCUUUUUGGAGGCGGUUAAAAUGCUUAUUUUUCUUCUGCCUAUGCCUCCUUCCAAAGCACCAUGAGUUUGCAAUGUGAAUCUUUGCUGCUCAGGGAUAAUAAUUUCCUUAGACUACCUGCAUGUAGGGACAGUUUCUUGUGUAUAUAAUCUACUCCCCCCUAAAAAAAAAGAUGCUAAAAUUGUAUUUUCACCAUUUUAGAUCAUGGAAGACUGAACCUCCCAUUCAUAUCUAAUAUAUAUUGUAAACUGUAUUUGUACAGAGAACUAUCUGCCAGACUUUUUCUUGUAUAUUGUCAAAAAAAAGUUUAAUAUAUGAUGGCUUAAUUUUAUUAAAAGUCAUAUACUGCUAA